AUGAUUUAAGUUUUUACAUCUUUGAUAUAAAAAUUUUUUAAAAAGAAAUAAACAAACAUUUUUGAAAUUUCCAAAAGAAAGCCAACAGUGAAGGAAAAUGAAAAUACUCUGGUAACUGACCAUUCCAUUGUUAUUGAAGCAAAAGAAGUAAAGCAGCAAUUUAAGUGUAGAAUCUGCCUUGAUUAGGGUGAAACACCAGAUAGCGCUGUAUGCAUGCCAUGCAAGUGUUCAGGGAGCAUGAAAUAUGUACACGUUGAAUGCCUGCAAGCAUGGAUAAUUUAAAAGAAGUCUCUGAAAUGUGAGAUUUGUAAUUAUGAAUAUUCUAUAAAAUGGUUUAAGUGGGCAGAUUAGCAUAACAUUUUAGAUAAUCCUACCUUGAAAAAACUAUAACAAAGUAGUAACUAAUAAAGGCAAAGAAGGUAGCAAGCACAAAAUGAAUAAAAUAGAAUUAGACAUUAUUAAAAUCUUUUAAGAAGCUUUGGAAAGAGAAAAAGCUUAACAGUAAUUUAAAAGCUUUAAAUUAUAUUUCUUAUUUCAGGUAUUAUAGUGUGUUUUGUAUUCGCUUAUUCUAAUAACUAAUCAGAAAAUUGGUAAUAAUCCAAGAAUUCUAAAUAGCACCAAAGAGUUUAUUUCACUUCUAUUAUUUCUUAUUGCCUAACUAUCAUAGUUGCUUAUUUUUGGAUCUCUUAAUCCAAAGGAUUCGAGUAUACUUUUUAAACAAAUUUGAACUAUUUUAAGACCCAUUUACCUUCAUUGUAAUAAAAUAAUGUUAUAAACCUUUAACAGCAGUAAUAUAUGCAAGAUUAACAACUAGAUUAAAACAAUUCUAAUUCUUAAAUAGAAAUAGACGUUUAGCAGUAAAAUUAAGAACAUUAAGUUAAUGGUGAAAGAGGUCAAAUAUAUUUAAAUUUUCAAUAAAAUUAAAAUUAGUCUUAAUAAUAUGAGCAAUAGGAUUAACAAAUAUAAAAUAACAACAUAUAAUACAUUCAAUAAAAUAAUAACUAAGUAGAAGAACUUUAAUAAUAAUAACAAUAAAAUGACUUAUCGUUAUAAAGCAAGGCAAAUUAAGAGAUGCAUAUAGAUAUAGAAAACUAAAAUGACUAAGUUUAGGAUUCAUUUUAGAAUGCCAAGUAGUACCCCUUUUGCUAGGAUAUCAAAAAAAAUUAUAAAAUUAUUAUAUUUAAUAAAAAGAGGAAUGCAUCUAGUAUAAAAUACAAUAUAUAAGAUCAAAUGGCAAAAUAAUUUAAUUCAAAAAAUGUAAUUUAAACUGAUUCUAAUGGAGUAAUCCCUUUAGGAGACAAUAUCCAUUAAAGUAAAACUUAGGAAUUUUAGCUGAGUUAGACAGAUUAGUAACCAAGCUAAAUUCAUUAAAAUUAAGAAAUAUUAGGUUUUGGUAGCUUUAAAAUAGAUUAAAAUAGAAAAAUUAUUGAAUUCGGAGAGAGUGAAAGCAGCGAAGAAACAAUUUAAGAAAAAUUUUAAAUUAAACGAGAAAAUAAGUAAUACUUUGAUAAUGAAUAAGAAGUCUAAUUAAAUAACUUAGAAAGAAAACAUGAAGAAAAUAUACCUUCAACAUAUCGAGAAAAGCAGCAAAGUAAUACAUGCAUUGAUAUCAAACAGUAAAAAUUGAUACUGAAGCACAAGCAAAAAAAAUAGCAAUCCAAAUAGGAUCUUAGUAAAAUCGAAAAUAAUACCUAAUAUAUUGAAUAGAAUCAAGAGCAAAUUCAUUCAAUUCAAGAAAAUAAUAAUGAUGAGAAUCAAUAAAAUAUUUAGCAAAUAUAGUAACAUGAUAAUACCUUAGUCCCUGAUAAAACUAGCAGCAUUAAUUAAUAAAUAAAACAGAUCUAAUGUGUUAAGGAUAAUGAAGACCAUAGCUCUGGCCAAUAAAUAUUCCAAGAAUAAUCUAACACAGAUCAUCAUAUAUAAUAGCAAUAAUAAUAAAUGCAUGAAAACUAGGUGGAAUUAAUAAAUUUUGAAUGCAAUGAAAGCAUAGAAAUCUAAAAUGAUAACAUAAAAAGCACUAGUGAUUAACAUCAGGGAUUAGGACUAAACAUGGAGGAUAUAUAAGUUAUAUUAUCGAACGAAGAGAAUGUGCCUUCAUAAAAAACAUUUGAUUAAUAAUCUGCCAGAAAGCAAAGCCAUAAUAAUGAUAUUAAAAGCGAUUGGCAAAAAUAUUUAAAAAAUGAAUGA